CCCCUAUUCCCAGGUUGCUCUGCGCUCACCGGAAGGAAGUGGCUGUUUGCUUUCCUGACCUGCGGCGUGUCAUGGAGAUCAUCAUGUGGAAGACCUAAUGAUCAUAAUAUGCUACCAGUGACUGGCGCGCAGACGCAGUCUGUCGUUUGAAAUCCAGUCUCGUACUAUCUUACUGUUACCAGUCAAUGGACGUGAAGCACUAUGGUAAGACACAGCAAGCUGCAGAAACAGAUCCUCAGUCUGUACAAACAGUUUUUGCGAGCUGGGAAGGAGAAACCUGGGUUCUUACCCAGAAUCCAGCAGGAAUUCAGGAAUAAUGCCAAAAUUGCAAAGACUGAUGUCAUGCACAUAGAAUAUCUUAUGAGGCGUGGAAACAGACAGCUGGAACAGUUAAAAGAUGUCACUACAAAGCAGCUCGGUUCCUUUGUUAAAACCUUAUCUGAUUCAGACCAUUAGCGAAAAUGUUAAUAGCUGUGUUUAUUGCACAUUUUUUUAUAUAAACAUUAUAACUUUGCUUGUAUAUAUUAUUACAUGUUGAAAAUAAGAAAUUUGACGUUAAUA